AUGGCCUCUCAGCUGCCUUCGUUCCCGCGAACCAUAUUCACCAUCGUCGAGCCCAUCUCCCUGGUUGCGGGCUUUCUCGGACCUCUGGUGGACGUAGAUUGGUUCAUAGCAAGCCAAAUCGAUGACGGGGCCGCUGCUGCCUCGCCAUCAGUCUCAUCCGACAACGCGCGUCUGGUCGCCCUUCAACUCGGGAACGCCUACGGCCUCCUGUUCAUGGUGGGCGUCGCCGUGCUAUACACCACGAACGAGUUGAGGGUUGUGCGGAACUACCUGGUUGCUUUGCUAAUUGCCGAUAUUACUCACGUUGGACUCACCUGCUGGGGCCUGGGCUACGAAAGGGCUAUUGAUGUAGCUGGCUGGAAUGCCGUGACAUGGGGUAAUGUUGGCUUUACGGCUCUUCUAGGUCUAACUCGAACGGCAUAUCUGCUUGGUCUGUUCGGGCCUGACAAACCCGUAUCUGCCGCAAAGAAGGAACUUUAG